UAUUUUAUUUAUUUAUUUUAGGAAGAUUCUCGCUCUGUUGCUUUGGUUGUAGUGCAGUCGUGCUAUUUUGGUUCAUUGCCACCUCCAAUGGGUUCAAGUGAUUCUCCCAGCUCAGCCUCCUGGCAGCUGGGAUUACAGGUGUAUACCACCACACCCGGCUAAUUUUUUGUAAUUUUAGAAGCGAUGGAGUUUCACCAUGUUGGCCAGGCUGGUCUUGAACUCCUGAUCUCAAGUGAUCAGCCUCCAAAGUGCUGAAAUUACAGGUGUGAGCCACAUCACCCAGCCUGACUGGGGCCUUUCUGAGAAGCAGAGACAGAGACAAGGGAGUCCCCCUAGAGGUCUGCAGGGAAGGAAGAGAAGCCAGGGGGCUUGUAGGCUGCAUCCAUGUCUAGCCUACCUUAGCCAGUCCCCACUAAUGACAGUCCCCAUGCCAGAGAUGAACAGGCUCUUCUAGGGGAAGGGGGAAGGAAGAGCAGCUGGGACUCCCUGGGACUCUCACUUCCUGGUGGGAGUCUAGGACCUUGUGAACACAGCACCUGUCUGUUGGCAGACGGGGCAGAAGUGCACAGUCUGUCUACACCCAUCCUCCCCCGUGUUCCAAAUGGCUCAGGGCUCCACUGACCCCUAGUGAGGGUCAGAGGGGUGGGUUCCAACUCCAUCCCGGGCACACAGGGGUUCCAAGAGUUCAGCCUGCAAAAGCAGAAGCCUUUGGAGCACAGAGGAAGACACAGAAGCUGUGGAAAUGAACAGGGUGCGAGUGGAGCCCUGGAAAUGUUUCCAACAGGAGGCAGCUGGUCCAGGAAGAGCUUCAGUUCCUGGCCCCACAUCAGGUCACCAUCACAGCAAAGAAUACAUUGACAUCAACCCCCUCAGGAAGCUGCCCAGCCUCAAAGAUGGGAAAUUUGUCUUAAUUGAAAGCGUGUCCAUCCUCUCCUAUCUGUGUCGCAAGUACAGUGCACCAUUGCACUGGUACCCGCCAGACCUGCACACACGUGCCCGUGUGGAGGAGUUUAUGGCUUGGCAACACACAGCCUUUCAGCUGCCCAUGAAGAGGAUAGUCUGGCUCAAGUUGCUGAUCCCAAAGAUAACAGGGGAGGAAGUUUCAGCUGAGAAGAUGGAUCACACAGUGGCGGAGGUGAAGAACAGCCUGAAGCUCUUCGAGGAGUAUUUUCUUCAGGACAAGAUGUCCAUUGCUGGGGACCAAAUCUCACUGGCUGACUUGGUGGCCAUGGUGGAGAUGAUGCAGCCCAUGGCAGCCAACUAUAAUGCCUUCCUGAACAGCUCUAAGGUAGCUGAGUGGCGCAUGCGGGUGGAGCUGAGUAUCGGCUCUGGCCUCUUUAGGGAGGCCCACAAUCGACUAAUGCAGUUGGCUGACUGGGACUUUUCAACAUUGGAUCCAGUGGUCAAGGAGAAAAUCUGUGAGUUUCGGGAGAAGUACUUGUGAUCCUAGGCGCAGUCCGUCCUGCAGGGCUUGGCUGGCUCAGCAAUCUGAGCCACGCUCCUUAAAGGAAAUGCUAAAAAAAAACAACAACUGUUCUUUGCCUAAUAAAGAACUGGAACAACCAUCACAGCUGCUGAGCAACAGACAGUUGGUGUAUGGGUAGGGUCUGAUGUGGGAGUGGGUGGUGGUCACAGAUCCUUCCAGUUUCCCAGAAGAAUUUUAAGAGUAAAGGGUUAAAUAUAGUUGCAUUGUCAGUAAUAAUAGUUGGUGACUUCAAAA